AUGCUAGCACAAAAAUUUUCACUUUUUCUCAACAAUGUAAUAGCAAAACCAGAAACUUUUUUAAAAGAAGAUCAAAAUGCAUACGUUGAAGCUCUAAAGAUCGUAAAAGACUUACAUAAUUUAGGUAUAAAAGAAAAACGAAAAGAGCCAUUACAUUGGCAGGAAAUAAUAGAUAACGAUCCGGUUGAAGAGCUAAUAAUUGAUAAGUUUAAUAAUGAACAAAUAUGGGACGAAAUUGAUAAGCAAAAUAAUCCAUUCUUGAAAUACGUUAAUGAUGAAUUGGAUGCACUUGAUGAUUUUUUUGAGCAACAAUCCGUACCUGAUGAACAAGAGAACGAAGAAGAUGAUAGUGUAUUCAAUGACUUUGAAUAUGAUUUAUUAGAGAGCAAAAGAAUGACAAAUCGUUUUAGCAUACAUUCCGAAUCAUCAGACAACAAUGACAUGGAUUUUGAAGAUGAUCUCUCUGAAGAUGUGCAAGAUAAUGAUGAGGACGAGAAAGAUAGUGACAAAGAAGUAUCGAACAAAGAUACUGAUGUUUUGAAUGAUGAUUUUUUUAAUUUGGAAGAAUUUAAUAAGAACACAGAAGAUGGCGUUAAUUUGUCAGAGGAUGAUGAAAUAGAUUAUUUUGCAGAUCCUGAUGGACUAGACAAUGAACUAAAUGCUAAUGGUGAUGAAAUUAAAUCUUCUUUUGAUAAAAAACAAGAAAGAAUACAAAAACAAAUCGAACGGCUAGAAAUGGAGAAUGCUGCUGAUAAGGAUUGGACACUUAUGGGAGAGGUGUCAAGCAAACAUAGGCCAUUAAAUAGUUUAUUGGAGGAGGAUUUAAAAUUUGAUCAUAUUGUUAAGCCAGUUCCUAUUAUCACUGAAGAAGUUACGAUGAAACUUGAAGAUAUGAUAAAACAAAGGAUUUUGGACGAAACGUUUGAUGACGUUGAACGUAAACAAGAUCCAAACUUUAGGCCAUUUCUACCUUCAAAAGUAGUUGAACUAUCUAAUGAACAAUCUAAAAAGUCUUUAGCAGAAAUAUAUGAGGAAAACUAUGUUAAACAAACGUCUGAUAUACCAGAUGAGAAGGAUGAAUCUUUAAAAAAAGAACAUCAGGAAAUCGACAAUAUGUUUAAAGAAUUAUGUCAUAAAUUGGAUGCUUUGAGUAAUUUCCAUUAUACACCCAAGCCUCCUAGACCUGAAAUUACUGUUAUUGCCGAUGUACCGGCUAUAGCUAUGGAGGAAGUAAUACCGGUUCAUGUUAGUGAUGGUACAUUACUUGCACCUGAAGAAGUAUAUGAUAAGAAAAAACAAGAAGUCAAGGGUGACACUGAAAUGGAUUCAAAUGAGAAAAAACGAACACGCGCUGCAAAAAAACGGUUAAAGAAAAAAGAAAAGAAGUUAAAAGAACGUGAGAGAAAAGUUGUCGAAAAGAUGAAUCUUGGAUUAGGAAACAAGCAUGCAAAACAGAAAAUGAUGGAUUCACUAAUAGGUCAAAAGAAUGUCACUAUUAUUGGAAAAGAUGGGAAGAAGGCUUCUGUUUCAAAACAAAAGAAACGAGAAAUCAACAUUCAAUCUACGAAUCUGAAAUUAUGA